AUGUCAGACUUAUCUCCGCCCAGCAUGGAUCUUGCUCAUGAACUCAAGAGCAUCAGUGACGAACAAAUUGUCAACAUGGCACUACUUCUUUACCUUCAAGCACUGCUGGUCAAUACGUGUGGCAUCGGGGCAGACUGGACGCCCGAACGCCGCGCCUUGAUUGUGAAGAAUAAAGAGAGGCAAAAGGUGUACGAGGCGCGAGUGGAUGGAUUUCUUCGCUAUCAGCGUGAUGAAAGCAAUCCAAUAAUGGCCAUCGUCGAAGUCAAGCCCUGUAUUCACCCCAAAGACCCCUCUAGCGACCCUCCUAAUGCAGGAGGGCGCUCAGAUAGCUGCGUGGAUUUGCCAGCACCCCCCGCCACUCUCUCAGCUUACUCCAGAUCGGAAAUUCAGGCUUCGAUCCCGAAGCAAUCGGCUCCUUUGGGCAAGAAACCGUCGACUGCGUCUAAUUUUCUGACCAUGCAUGAAUAUGGACCGUUCGAUACUGGAAAGGAUAACCACGUCGACUCACUUGGGCAGAUUCUACUUGCUUUCUCCAUUCGGGCAUGGCAGAUAAGAAAAGAGGAAGCGUCUGCAAAGGUGCAGAUGAAGAGAUAG